UCGACAAAUAACAUGGACCGCCAUUAGUACAACAUUCUGAAUCUGUAAAAAAAUUAAUCGUUUGAAAUACUAACGUGUACAUUACUUUUUUCUUUCUCCUCUUUUUUUAUAUACAUAUAUAACACGCUACUUAUUUUCAUAUAGAAUAAAAAAUAAAACAGAUAGUCGAUCAAAAUAUUCGACAAAAAAAUUUGCAAUGAACAAGAUUGGAGUAUGGACAAAGAAUACGUUAUUUCAAAUUAUUAACAAUUCAUUAAAGUUGCAUACCGAUCAAAACGUAGAAAGAAUUGGUGAUCCCUUCAAAUCGUUUUUAAAUCAAUUGAAAUCGAAAAGAGAAGGCUGUUGGCUCGACGUAUAUAUACCACGGAAUCCAAAGAAGAAUUAUUCGAUUCGGAGGCCACAGAAAAAUUGCAGUUUCGGAGUACUUUGCAAUCGGCCAGUUCCGAAAAUUACGCGAACGAUGGCACCGGAAAUACCGAGGAAAACAUUACCGAUCGAAACGAAAAGUACGAACGUACAUUUGAGAGUUUCAAAAAAGAAAGGAGACGCCGAAAGAACGGCAAGACUUCAAAGAGAAAAGUGACCUUUGCUGAUAGCAAAAUGUGAAAAAAGACAAAUACUAAAAUAAAAUAUAACGAUAAUUUUAACAUGUAUACAGAUUAUGUGAAAUUCAAUUACAAAAUCCUUGUAAGAAAUUCUACUGUAUCAUCUUUAAAAUGUAACGAUUCAUUCUAAAUUGUUAUUGUACUCGCCGUAAAAAAUAUUAAUAUUAACAAUAAUAAUUAUAAUUUGUAAUAAUAAUAAUAAUAAUGAUAACGAU